AUGGAUCAACCUGCAGGUGAUUCAAGUACUUCAUCAUAUACAGGUUCACGUCUUUUUACUCCUGUUGCUAAUAUACUCGGUUUAUCAAUUGAUCAAUUUAAUUUUCUUUUCGCCGAAUUAUUGUCAUUAAUUUUUGCAAUAUGUUUUCGACGUUUUCUACCACCUAAACAAAGCAAUAUACUUUCCAGACAUUUAGUCGUAAGUUUUCUUGGCAUUGCUAUUUGUCAUUUUUGUUUUGGUUCACAAAUAUGGCAUAUCAUUGUGCAAUCAUCUGUUACAUAUCUAAUGUUUUAUGUGAUUCAUCCAAAACAUUCAUAUCUUGUUAUAUUUAUUUUUUGUAUGAUUUAUAUGAGUGCAGUUCAUAUCCAUCGUUUAAUAUAUGAUUAUGGGAAUUAUACACUUGAUAUAAGUGGACCAUUAAUGAUAAAUACUCAAAAAUUAACAGCACUUGCUUUUGCAUUCUAUGAUGGUUAUCGUUCAAUAAAACGUGCUCAUCUUCGACGACCAGAUGAAGAUGAUGAACAUUCAACAUUAAGUAAAGAUCAAGAAAAACAAAAAAUUAUUGAAAUACCAAAUCCUAUUGAAUAUCUUAGUUAUAUAUUUUAUUUUCAUGGAAUAUGUGUUGGACCAUUAUGUUUUUUUAAAGAUUAUCGUGAUUUUAUUGAAGGACGUAAUUUACUUGUUAUACCACUAAGUAGAACAAAUGCUAAAUCUAGUGAUGAACAAGAUCAACCAUUGACAAUCGAACAACCAUCUACAUUUUGGCCUGUAUUUACAAAACUUGCACAAUGUGCACUUUGGAGUUAUGUACUUAUAUGUUAUGCACCAUAUUAUCGAAUAGAAUCUAAUUUAAGUGAAAAAAUGGUUAAUUCUCCAUUGUUUAAACGACUUUGGUUUCUUGUAUUUACAGUAUUUUGUGCUCGAACGAAAUAUUAUUUUGCAUUUAUUGUAUCGGAAGCUAUUAAUAAUGCAGCUGGUCUUGGCUUUAAUGGUUUUGAUCAACAUGGAAUACCACGAUGGGAUCUUUUGACAAAUGUUAAACCACUUCAAUUAGAAUUAGCAACAAGUUUAAAAGUUGUUUUAGAUGUAUGGAAUAUACAAACAACUAUAUGGCUUCGUCGUGUUUGUUAUGACAGAUUAAAUAAAGGUCGAACAUUAGGCGUUUUUGUUCUUUCAGCAUUUUGGCAUGGAUUUUAUCCUGGAUAUUAUGUUAGUUUUAUCUUAGCAGCAUUUCAAACUUAUGCUGGUCGUGGUAUUCGACGACAAAUACGUCCAUAUUUUCAAAAGAAUCAAAUCACAAUAUAUAUUUAUGCAUGUUUAACAUGGUUAGGUACUCAAAUAGGAUUAAUUUUUAUUGUAACACCAUUUGCUUUAUUGGAAAUUCGUAAAACUUUAUAUUUUUAUCAAACAUGGUAUUUUAUAGUACCAAUUAUUUCAAUUAUUCUUGCAUUAGUAUUAAAUGGUGCAAGUUCAAAACCUAAGAAAAAACACGUACAAUCAGCAGAAAAACAAAGAAAAAAAUCAAAUUAA